AGGCCCAUAAAGGCGUUGGUUCGUGUAUGAAGCUUUUCUUGACGAGACGGCAAGAUCAAGAAUUUCCCUGAUUUUUUCUUUUUUCUGGGAACUUAGUUUCAGGUGCAAGCAUCAAAUCAUCACACAGAUUUUUUCGGUUUAGAGACUUUGGACCCAACAUCAUUUGUGUUGAUAUAUAGGAAUCUCGAUUUCUUGCCAAAAUGUUUGGAUUUUUGAAAUCACCUGCAAAUAAGAUUUCUAAGCAGAAAUCAGUGGAUCCUGGGUUUCCAGUUUCUUCUAGUUCUAACCCUUUUGAUUCAGAUACUGAAUCUGAUACCAAGCAAACUUUUAAGCCUGCAAGACGAACUGCUUCAGAACCUGUGCUGGUGACCCCAAAUUUCAAUACCAACCCUUUUGAUGAUGGUGAUGAUGGGAGAAGAGAGGCAUCUUCUUCGUCAUCCUCAUACUCUGGUUAUGCAGUGGCAAGAAACAGGUACAAGAAUGAUUUUCAUGACUCAGGAGGAUUACAGAACCAGAGUGUGCAAGAACUGGAGAAUUAUGCUAUGUACAAGGCUGAGGAGACAACAAAUACGGUUAACAAUUGCCUGAAGAUUGCAGAGGACAUCAGAGAGGAUGGUACAAGGACCCUUGAAAUGUUGCAUCACCAGGGUGAGCAAAUUACAAGGACCCACAUGAUGGCUUCUGAUACGGAGAGGGAUUUGAGUCGGGGUGAGAAGCUUUUAAAUAACCUUGGUGGCAUGUUCUCUAAGACUUGGAAGCCAAAGAAGACUCGGGAAAUUACUGGGCCUAUAAUUACUGCAGAUAAUUCAUCCAAAAGAAGCGAAAACCACUCAGAGAUGAGGGGGAAAUUGGGUUUUGCUCCUCCUGCACCCAGAGGACGGUCAGCUUCUCGAACACCUCCUCCUGAACCAACAAAUGCCUUGCAGAAAGUUGAGGUCGAGAAGGCAAAGCAAGACGAUGCACUUUCAGAUCUAAGUAAUCUCUUGGGUGAUUUGAAAAAUAUGGCAGUUGACAUGGGAGGCGAAAUUAACAGGCAAAAUAAAGCUCUUGAUCAUCUUGGUGACGAUGUGGAUGAGCUGAGCUCUCGAGUGAAAGGUGCCAAUCAACGUGCACGUCGUUUGCUUGGGAAGUGAAAGCUGAUAAGGCUUCAAUUACCACCCUACUGUUCUUUUCUAUUUUUCAAUUAUUGUCAUAUAUUUGUUUCCCCCACUUUUGAUCGGAUGCUGUCAUUACUGGUAUAACUGGUUUUCUUCCCCCAUUCAUGCUGCAAUAAUAUGAGAUUUUUUUUUAUUUUUUU